CUCGGCAGUUGAUGAGUGAAGCAGGGAGGUGUCAGUUAGAAGUACAGCGGAUCUACCGAUAAACGGGAUAACAUAAUGUCAUCGUUUCACCGGGAGUUUGAUAGCCAGAUAACCCGGUCAGAUAUUAUUUUCUGGAACGAUCGACAAAGGAAACAACUGAAGAUUUAAGCUUUCAGCUGUAUAUUUUACGGGAGUAAACCAUGUUCAAUCAGGUAAUUUGAGGGGAAAUCUGCUGCCUUGGCUACCUUGACCAUCAGUGGUAUGGCCCCGGCUCUUACCAAAACCCUGAAAGAUGGCCAUGGGAUCCACCUGUCCUCCCCUCCUGCCUCGGUCAGAAUGGACUCAGAUGGAAGAGUCAUUUGUAGUUCUGAGCUGGAAUCUCAGAUGGGCUUAACAGAUGAUGGUGACCUCCAGAAGAUGUGGCUGAACCUUUCCCUGUUCCCCUCUCUGGACCUGUGUCUCCCUCUGAGCCCCCUGGAGUUCCCUGCCAACCCGGUGCUCUCCCCCUGUCUGCAGGCGUCUGCCAGGCAGUGUGAGACCGAGUUUCUCCCCAGCCCGGCCUCCCUCCUCAGCCUCCUCUCCUUCCCUAAAGGCCUGAGAGAUUCUCAUCAGGUGGCCUGCGUAUUCCCAGGUGUACCCGACAUGUUUUUAGUCCCUGUCCCUGAGCACAAUGGCCAAGAGGCUUGUCUGCUGCAUGGUGCUGCUCCUGAAUAUGGGCCAGGUGGUGGUGAUGUGCAGCAUUCCCCUUUUAUGCGGAGUGUUCCUCCUUCUUAUUGCCAUGGAGAGAGUGGCUCCCAGGGCUACACUCCAUACUUUGCACUCCAACCUACACUGUCACAGGGGAGAGUGACUCCAAUGGGCUGUCCUAGUGCAUCUUCAGUGCAGCCUUGUAAUUGCAGGGUGAACUCCGACCAGCUGGCACCGAGAGCUGUGAAGGAGCAGCUCUGCAGGCAGGUAGGGCUGCAAAGUCGAGCUCAGAGGCUGCAGAGGAGACUGCAAGCGCUGCUAGGAGAGCAUGCUUUGCAACACUGUGACCAGCAACUAGAGGGGCUGAAAAAGCAUUGUCAAAUCAGCGACGUGUCUCUGGACAGCUCAGACUCCUUAAGUUCCUUUAUACUACCUCCACAAGUGGGAAGUGAUCCCUACUGUUCUUGGCUGGAUUCGCCCACAGCCUCGUUUUCCUUCUCAGAGCUCAGAGAGUUCAGCUGCUCCAGCCAGGCGCUGCUGAGAGGCCUGCAGGAGGCGUUGGACUCUGAGGCCACCGCCAGCAGCAGCUCAGAUGAGGAGGGAGAGGAAGUUAGGAUCCACACUAAAAAGAAAACGUCACCUGUGUGA